CUGUUUAGUGGGAUAAAGAGCUUUAGGAUAGCUUCACCAGAGCUAAUGGCUUUCUGGUAUCUGAACUGUUGCAAAAAAACAUUCAUAACAGGCAUUUUAACUGUUAACCACAGCCAGCCAGCCACGCACUCAGAGGUCGGCCUCAGCCUCUGUCUCCCUCCCUAUAACCGUGUAAGACGGUUCUUUAGUUCACUCACGCUUCCUCUCCACCUGGGGGGCCAAUGGGCUUGGAACAUUCAUCCUGUCUCGAGAUAGAGAAGAACAGACGUAGAGCAACCAACCAUCAGUACUGCAGUAUUAUGCAGCAUAACAGAGACAACAGUGUAGCUAGAAGGGAUAUUUAGUCAGCUUUAUGCACCAACUUUAACUUCGGCCACCAUGAAGAAAUGGUCUGUGUGUCUGAUAUAUUUUUUCAUGAAGACAGCUGUUGUCUUUGCAGAGGUGCUGUUCAUCCACAGGACAGAGGGGCAAUCAACAGACUUCUCCUGUCCCCCUGAGGGGCCCGCUAGCUCUCUGAAAGGCUUCAACCUGUCCCGCCUGUGCCCUGGCGUCCCGGGUCAGCAAACCACCUUGCUAUCGGUGUGGGCGGACUCCAGCCCCAGCCUCAAACUAGACCUCCGGCUCUGGGGACGUCUGGUCGUGGCGUCUGGGGGGUUGGGCGCGUGGUGGGUCAACCUUACCCUGACCGACCUGCAGCCCUCGGACACGGGGCUGUACAACCUGGAGCUCACAAGCAGCUCCACGGCCAACGGCUCGGACCGCAGCCUCCUCACCUGUCCACAGGUGCUUCUGUUGGUGGAGGGGACUGAUAGGCAGUGCCACCAGUGCUCUAGUAAGUACACAUCCCUGCUCUACAGCAUCUUUGCUGCUACAGUACUUCUGCUGCUGAUGUCUACCUGGCUAGCGAGAAAGAGAUGGAUGAGGGCGAGGUGUCGUCAGAAACCACAGCCGCCUCAUCCGAUCUACGAGGAAAUGAACAGCAAGAGUGAGAGGCGGGGUGCAGGAAGCCCCCAGAAUAUCACCAUGAGCACCUCACACAUGGAGACAGCCUUCCCUGUGUACUCCAACCUCGGCGUCAGGCAGGCGGAGGACAACUACUACGCCUGUCCCCGGCAGAUCACAGCCCCUCUAAUGCUCUGAACCUCCUAACUUACUUUUAUACAUCCAUGCUCUUUAAGCUUAGGCUGCUCUGCCAUCUUUCUUCCUGCCUGAAAGGCUAAAUAGGAGUCUCCAAGAGGGUGAUAGCGAACCAACAACAGGAAGGAGGAUGGAGGAAGUAGAUCCUACAAGAGCUUCCAUGUAUUAACAAUAGCUUGGGGCCCAUGAUGAAAGGUACAGAUAUUUCACAGACACGUGCUACGCCUGCAAAGCUUUGAUUGAAAUCAGACGGAUGACAAGUUCAUCUUUAACAGCCAAGUAAAAAACUGCAGUUUUAUUAAUAUUUGAAAGAAGCGCCAUUGAUUAUUAAAACCAUUGUUUCAUUUUUUUUCCGGUGCAUGUCAUUUAACAAUCACAUUCUAUGAGGAGAAAGAUAUACAGAGAGUAAAAUAAAACAUUACAAGCCACUGAACUUUCAUUUAAUCUCAGUACAGACAUCUUUCCUUAGCAUUUCAUAAACAUGAAAAACAAUGCAACACAGCCCUAACCCCCCCCCCCCCAACCAAAAUACUUUUAACUGAAUAAAAGGGACCAAGGGACAGAAGGAAAAAACACAAUUGAACCAAGAUACACCCCUGAUGGGUUCGAAUCCCACAGUGCUCUAGACUAAGAUGCUCAUUGGUGUUUUUUUUUAAGAAAUACACAGCAUGGUGAUGUAGCGGUACAUAGUUGUGGGGGGAGGAAGUUGGAGUAGGGAGGUGGUGGUGGUGCAGGCUCCAACAUCUGCAUCGAUAAAGACCUCCGCAGGCCACCCACCACUUUAGGAUAACACAAUACAUUGGACACCCCUCCCCCCACCCCACAAGACAAAGCAAAAAAUACAUGGGUCACAGAGAAGUAGGUAACGACACCUUCAUCAGCGCCCCAAAACUUUGUGCAUAGAUUUGUGAUCUUUUGAAACCAGUCGGUUACAAAUAAAAAACGAUCCUGCAAGUAAGACCCACCAAAAGCAUUCACAAAAAUGGUUUAAAAUGUUUCUAUUGUCUAAUACCCGCCAUAUAUAUAUAUAUAAAUAUAAGAGAGAGAGAGAGAGAGAGAGAGAGAGAGAGAGCGAGAAAGAGAGAGUAAUGCACAAUGUUCCUGAUUCAGUCAGGUCGGGACCUCAUAAUAAAAUACAAUAAAGAUUCAAACAGCAAUGUUGCAUGUUAUUCACUUUUUUCUUUCACAAUCAAAAUCAUUGACCACUUUUUUUUUGUAAAUGUAAAGCAAUUUUUAAUAUAUAGAUUUAUAUAUAAAGCACUCCAUUUUCAUUUAAAGUCCAUUAUUUGGUUAAUAUGUAACUGCUACGGAUUUAGAAAACAAAGAGAACUUCUUUCCUCUGAAAUCCAUAACUUUCAGUGCUUACAAUUUGUAUUUUUCGUAUCAACUUUUUUUAAAUUGUUAUAUUCACUCGUAAAAACUUACAUUAAAAUGGCGUGGAGUCAGUACUCUGGAAACUCAGCCUUCCUGAGACGAAAUCCACUUUUUUUGUGUGUGCAAGAUAGUGAGCAAUUAUGUCUUCUUUCAAAAUUAAUAAAAUAAAAAGGAACAAAAUAUAUUCAUAUAUCAACAUUUAAAUUACAGGCUUUCAGAUAGUCCUUAAAAAUCAACAUUGACAAAACAAAGCAGCCCAAGGUCAAACAGAACAUGGCGACACUGUUCUAUCCCAGAGCUCCUAAAGACAAUAAGUCUUCAUAAUGCAAAGCGUUGUGUUGUACUUUAUAAAUGGAAGCAUUUGUCCUUUUCAAUUUUUUUAUAAGUUCCCAUAGUAUCAUUUUGCUUAAUCUUUAUUAAUUUUUUUCAUUUUAUUGUAAAAAACACCAGGAAAUAAAGUGUUUGGUGUAAACGGUUUGGUGGCCUUGAGAGAAGGAAAACUAAAAAUGCUAGAGGACUGAACCUCCGUAGAAACUGAAACAAAGCUAACAACCCCCAAUAAUCAAGAAAGAAAUAAAAGUUAAAAAAAAUAAAACUAGGCACCCUCUGAAGAGCUCUGGAAGGUUCCACAACUCAGUCCGAUGUCUUGUCCUUCCAUUUCAAACCGCGACUAUGCUUUGCAUCGCAGCUAAAACAGUGCUAACCUCCCACAUCAUUCCAUGGCCACAGGUCAGCAAAAUACUUUUUUUUGUUGCAUUUUCUGUGUAUCUAUAAAAAAGAUUUUUCUGUUUCUUUUUUUUUCUUUUAGAGUCUGAAAGAAAAUGGUGCAAUACUCAAUAUAUAUAAUCCGGUUAAUCUCGGAUUAUUCCAAGAUGAAAGCCACUAAGGUAGAUAAACAUAUUACAGAUAUUUUUUUCAAACGCACUUACAUUUUUUGUCCUUGAGUAAACAUUUACACGUGAAGUGUCCCGGCCUGUUUACUCCCCGGCCCCCAUACUUGGAUCGGGUUGUUCGAUUGGCUAAGGAGGGGGCUGGGUCAGCCACUCCGUGCAACGCUAUAGGCUAAUGACGACCAACAUUGGAAUAUACUUUUCAACAAGCAAAACAAAUGAAACAAUGAACAGACGCGCUCAAAAAAAAUCCUAGGAUAACUCAAAUUAAAAAUACACAGUGGGAACCAUGUCCGCCAAAUUCACAGGCUCAAAACCCUUGAUAUUCUCACACACACACACACACACACACACACACACACACACACACACACACACACACACACACACACACACACACACACACACACACACACACACACACACACCAAGCAAA